UAUAUGGACAAAAGUAUUGGGACACAGCUCAGCACACGCAGCUGUUUCAUUCAGUCCCAGUGGUCGGACGCUUGGUUCCAGUGAAGGUGAAUCUUUAUGCUUCAGCUGACCAGGACGUUCUGGACUAUUGUAUGGGUCCAACUCUGUGGAACAGUUUGUGGAGGUGUUCCGGCAGGACUCGGGUCCAUGGAGGCUCGGCUGGCCCCACAGAGCCCUGACCUCAACCCCAUCACUGAACCAGAGCAGAGCGUCUGAGCCCUCUGGUCCAGCUCCAGAGUCUGACCUCACACACAUCUUCUGGAUGAAGGAGCAGGAGUUCCCACAGACACGGUCCAGAGUCUUGUAGAAGAGUGGGGCUUUGAAGAGGAGAAGACUAUUCAUUUUAUUUGAGAUAAAAUUAUGUUCUAGUUAAUCAAAGAAAUCAAUUCAUUAGAAUAAUCAAGAAGCAGAGUUGUGGUUAAACCAGAGUAAAUGUUCCAGUGAGAAGCUCUGGAACAGGAGUUUUUUAGCUGCAUUCAAACGACUCUGCUGUAAACUGUGUUUCUGUUUCUCAUCCAGAACGUGACUUACCGACGGGACUGAGCACCAAACCACCAAAAGCCUCAAGCCUCAAACGACACAGGAGGUUUCCUGCUUUAGAGGCGACAGCAGAAGUUUUGGCGGCAGCAGAGGAUCCGUCUGCAGCUGCCGAGGACACAAACGAUCAGGACGUGGUUCUGAUAAAGGAGGAAGCAGCGAAAACAGACGUGGACGACGAUGACGCGGGAGACGAACUGCUGCUCGACGAGGACGGGAGCGAGCUGCAGCCGUCGGCAGCAGAUGACAGUGACGAGGGACCCUCUGGGAUGAUGAACUCCACCUCGGACAUGAGGUUGUGGGAUCAGACCAGUAACAGAACUUCAGAACCAGUCGAAUCCCUCAGCGCGCCGGGCUCUCCGGGCCCCGCGGAGGUCACUGAGAGCAGCUCAUCUGUGGACAUGGUGUUUGAAUUGGCGUCAGAGUCGGACUGUGAAGCUCUGUCCACGGCCCCGUUGAGGAAGCCCUUUUUGAUCGGGGUAGGGACGAGUCCAGCCUCUCUGCCUGGGACCUCUGAGCUGAAGCGGGGCGUGUCUCUGAUCAGCUCCAUCCCCUACGAGACAGAGCUGGACCUCUGCUCCUCCUGGCCUGGACAGGGCCUCCCGAGCAUGGUGCCCGUCCCACAUCGGCCGUAUCUCAAACCGGACCACCGCCCGACACUCAUGGACAAAGUGUGCGACCUGAACACUGCAGGCUUCCCCUUGACGCUGGGCCUCGGCGGCUCCAGACUGGACCCUCUGGACCUGAACAGGUACUGCAGGGACAGACGCUUCAUCUGCAGCUACUGCGGGAAAUGCUUCACGUCAUCACGGAGCCUGGAGACACAUGUUCGCGUCCACACGGGAGAGCGGCCGUACAGCUGUGCUCAGUGCGGGAAGCGCUUCACGCAGUCGGGUCACCUGAAGACGCACCAGAGCGUCCACACCGGAGAGCGGCCGUUCGCCUGCGAGCACUGUGGGAAAAGAUUCGCCGGGAAGCAGAACCUCAGGAUCCAUCAGCAGAAACACCACCCGGCCGAGCAGGGAGCCGUCGCUGCUCAACAUCCUGGUGUGAUCCGCUGAAAUAUGCACGGAUGGUUCUGUGCUGAGGAAACCAGCGUCAACUGUGAUGGACAACGUCACUGCUGAACUCACUGAAACAGAACUUUCUCAAGUUGAAGGCCUUUUAAAGAGUUUUGAGAAGAACUGGUGCUUUUACAUAGAAAAACUGAUCAAUAGUUGUGACUGUUAAAUUUAGGCCGUGGUUAUAUUUAACUCUGAUCUGCCUCAGAAACAGAACAUUGACUCCGUUUGAUCUUGAUCAAUUCUUACCUCAUAAAGACUGUGGAGUGUGUUCAGUUCCCACCAGGACGUCAGGAUCGAAUGCCGCCGGAUGAAAACAGAUUCCUGUAGAAGAAGCAUGUGAAUGUUUGCUGGAUGUUUAUCUGGAAUAAAACGUGAACAAACUGAAAUGAA